AUGGAAUCUUUCAACCAGACGAAGGUCACCGAGUUCAUCAUCAUGGGCUUUCCCAACCUCCAGCGGUUCCACACACUCCUCUUCCUUUUGCUCCUCCUCAUCUACCUCUUCACCAUCUUUGGCAACUUGUUGAUUUUCACUGUCAUCCGCACAGAUUCUCAGCUCCGUACCCCCAUGUAUUUCUUCAUCAGCAUCCUCUCCUUCUUGGAGAUUUGGUACACGGCUGCCACCAUCCCAAAGAUGCUCUCCAACUUGCUCAGCGAAAGGAGCUGCAUCUCCUUCACUGGAUGCCUCUUGCAAAUCUAUUUCUUCCAUUCCUUGGGAGCGACCGAAUGUUACCUGCUCACAGCGAUGGCGUAUGACCGCUACUUGGCAAUAUGCCACCCGCUGCGCUACCCGGCCAUCAUGACCACCAAGAUGUGCACCAGAUUAGCAGCUAUCUGUUGGGUCUGUGGCUUGCUGGGGCCCAUGGCUGAAAUCAUCUUAGUUUCCAAACUUCCUUUCUGUGGCCCCAAUAAAAUCGAACACAUCUUCUGCGACUUCCCGCCGGUGCUCAGCUUGGCCUGCACGGACACCUCCGUCAAUGUUCUGGUGGACUUCACCGUCAACGCUUGCAAAAUCCUGGUCACGUUCCUCUUGAUCUUAUUGUCUUACCUACGGAUCAUCAGGGCCAUUCUAAAGAUCCGCACCGCCACCGGCCGGAGAAAAGCCUUCUCCACUUGCGCCGCGCAUCUCGCCGUAGUGCUGAUCUUCUUCGGGAGCAUUUUGUUUAUGUACGUCCGGCUGACAAAAAGUUACUCCCUGGAUUAUGACCGGGCUCUGGCCGUUGUCUAUGCUGUCCUGACCCCUUUCCUUAAUCCGAUUAUCUACAGCCUGCGAAACAAAGAAAUCAAAGCAGCCUUACAGAGAAUGUUCCGGGGUGGACAAGGAUUGCUAGGGAAAUAG